AUGACUAGUCCUGACGAGGCGAUGAACAAAUUCUACGAGGAACUGCACGCCCUCCUGGCGUCUCUGCCGAAGGUGGACAAGUUGAUUGGCCCCGGUGACUUCAACGCCCGCGUCGGCACAGCCCAUGCUGCCCGGAGGGGAGUUCUGGGUCCCCAUGGUCUCAACAGCUCCAAUGGCAGUGGUCUGCUCCUCCUACGAACCUGUACAGAACACCGGCUCAUCCUGACCAACACCUACUUCCGCCUCCCGAUGCGAGAGUAGGUCACCUGGAUGCACCCUCGGUCGCGACGAUGGCACCUGCUGGACUACUUCCUCGUCCGGAAGCGAGACCAGCGGGACCUGCUGGUGAUAAAGGCGAUCCCGGGUGCCGAGGGGUGGACCGAUCCUCGUCUCGUCAUCUACAAGAUGUGAAUUCGCCUACAACCUCGCAGGAGACCUCAAGGUAAGCGAUCCCCGGGUGGGCUGAGUAUUGCUUUGUUGCCUUUGCCUGUUCACCGUGUCCAUUUAAGCAAUGAGCUAACUCAACGGCUAACCAGUAUUCCAGUCGCCGCCGCCGCUGCUGACGGGAAUGCCUCUGUGGAGAACCGAUGGUGUCAAUUGCGGGACACAGUCCAGUCUACGGCCCUGUCUGUCUUCGGUCACGCACAAUCUCAACGUCAGAACUGGUUCGACGACAAUGACGCCACCAUUUGCAAUCUACUCGCCGAGACGAACCGAUUGCACAAAGCCUACGCCAAUUGCUCCAGUGACGACAACAAAACAACCUUUUACCGUAGUCGCCGCCUUGUGGAACAGCAGUUGCGGGAGCCGCACGACACUUGGACGGCUAAUAAGGCUGAGGAGAUCCAAGGUUAUGCGGGUCGCAACGGAUGA